AUGACUCCAACACCAGCUAUGAGAGGCGUACCAGUUCUGAAAGACAUAGAUCAUAUAGGUCUGCCUGCACGCGGGACUCAGCGCAACUUCUGGCAGCCCGAGCAGGGCUUCGACCACAGCGACCACGGUAUGCUUCAAGAAGACAUCAAGGUCCUUCACGAUGCUGCCGUAAAAUUCAUGUGGAAGCCAGACCGUCCAUACUCUUCCCUCACCGGAGCGGAACUGCAGUUCCUGAAGCUGGCAUUCGCAGAGGCCACCUGGAAGUUCCGAAAGGAAUUCCACGGCAUACGGAGGCCCCAACAGGAGAUCGCGGCCUGGGGAAAGAUAGCGACCGAGACGGGUUGGCUCCGGCACGUCCCCGUCAACGUGAUCAAAGAUUACUUCUUCGCCCUGACGACAGGUCGGUCAAGGUAUCUGCGGAGCAACCCCGGGCCUCCGGUAGGCGAUACCCCGCUGCACAUCGACACCAUCGACAAAGUCAUAGAGUGGAUGGAAGAAUACGCGCCGCACCUUGCGCACUCCAGGCGCAUCUCUACCUGGGAGGAGCUCGCGGAUCAUGAGCCCGGUGAGAUCGCCAGGGUCCCUGAAGUGCCGAACACGGCGCGCUCGAACGUGACCAUGGCCAGCGGCUGCGCGACUCCGGUGGAGAUAAUUGUGAAGGAGAGCCCGGAGUCGCACAGCGCGGUCCCGGCGAAGCCGAUUCUCUGUCAGGCCAAAGACGAGGAGGCAAAGAAGAAAGACGGAGAGGCAAAGAAGAAAGACGAGGAGGCAAAGAAGAAAUACGAGGAGGCAAAGAAGAAAGCUUACCGCAAGAGGUAUCGCAAUGCCAAUCCCUUCUUGCCCAAGAAGCCUCGACCCCUUACGUCCGCCACGACGCGGACCCCGGCGACCCCUAUGACUGGACCUGGGAGUACCCCCAAGCCCGGUGUGCCGACGUAUGCUCAGAUAACCAGCGCUGCCGAGACAAGCGCGAGGCAGACGGCCGACGACCUGAGGCGGGAGCUGGACGCCGACGACGACGACGCGCCGGCCAGGACGGGAAGUUCCAUAUUGUGGUCGCGCCGGUCAGGAAAGCUCUCCCCACUGUCCAUGCCCCACUCGACUGCGAGAUCCGACGUGACGUACAGGUGCGAGCCGUACAGGGGACCGGUGAAGCUGCGCAGCGCGGGCCAGGACGAAGCCGAGUGGAAGGCGGAGUACCUGGAGAACCUGCGCCGGCGGCGCAAGAUGAGGACCGUGCAGACGCACCACAUCUUUGAGAUCGCCUCUGAGCCCAGUCCCUUUGGACACUACGGCAAAGAGGUGGAGAGGAGGAUCCUGGAGAGGGACCCUACCAAGACCAGCGUCAGCAUGGUAGAGGUCGCUGACGAGAUUGAGAGGCAGAAGAAGCGGAAGCUGGAGGAGGAAAAGGCGGGACCGGAAAUACAGAAGGAGCGGAUGCUGGAGGAAGAGCCGCAGAGGAAGAGGCGCAAGAGUGUUCACUUUGAACAUAAAGAAUAG